AUGUCGAAUUGUUGUGAUGAUCGUAGUGAACAUCCAAGGAUCUCAAGUGAUUCUUCUCUGGACAACCGAAUCCGUACGAUUUCCGCUUUAAAGAAGGGAGCGUUGAAGAUUCUUGUGACUACUGAUGAACUGUUUCAUUGUAUCGGCGUCGUUGAUUUGGAACGCGUCGUCAACUUUGAUCUUCCUGAUGGAUCGCCCGACACUGGAGCGGAAACAUUCAUCCGUCGCUCUAGACUUACGGGGCGCAUGCAAAAAGGAGUCUGCCAUUCGUUUGUCAACCCCGGAUUCGAUGAUGAUGUUCGGUUGGUGCCGAAGUUGAUCGAGCUUGUGAAGUCAGUUGGGAAUCCAGAUGAUCUUCCUAAGAUUCCAGACUUCAUGUCGGAUUUGGCCAAAAAAACCUACGGGCGUUCGUCAUUCGAAUCGACUGGAAGCGAGUUUUGGGUGGAGAAUGAUGUGGUGUUUGUGAAAACCUACGUCAUCAUUCCCAACGACCUCCAACUGUCAAAAAACAUGGCUAAAAGGUUCAGAUCCCGGGUAUGGUCCCCGUUCUUGAAAUACCUUAACGAUCCCAAAGAGAAUUUUGUUGAUUACUUCGCCGGAGGAGUAGUUGGUCUGUUCAAAGCAAAGUAUAACCCCAACGGGACCACUCUUUUCGAAGUUGUCGAGGUCUACAAGGAGAAAGUGCCAUCAAUGAGCACUGGCUUUGUACGCUGCACUCCAUGGACUCUCGAAUAUGUUGGAAGAAACAUGGAAGCAACAUGUCUCCAUGAUAGCAAACACACUCUGGUAUACGAGUAUUCGUCAUUCAAAACUGAUCGAUGCCAGAUUUGGGUGGAAAAUGGUGUGGUGUACGUGAAAACCUACGCCACCACUCCCAACGUUCUCCAACUGCCAAAGGAUAUGGCCAAAAGAUUCAGGUACCGGGUAUGGUCCCCGUUUCUGAAGUACCUCAACGACCCUGAGGACAAGUUCAUUGAUUACUUUUCCGGAGGAUUAGUUGGACUAAUCAAGGCAAAGUAUAGCCCCAACGGAACCACUCUCUUCGAAGUGGUCGACGUAUACAAGAAGGAAGUGCCGGUGAUGGGAACGGGCUUCGUCCGUUGUACUCCAUGGACUGUCGAAUUUAUUGGAAGAAACUUGAGAGCAACAUGUCUCCGUGAUAGAGAAAACAGUUUGGCAACAAAUCAAUUAGCCACCGUUUCGGACCAGGACCGCCAAAUAGGAAUCUGUUUUGUGGCUGAUUACAUAAACAUCGCGGGUUAUGGACAAAAUAAGGCACCGGGAGUCCAGAGCCAUUGCUCCUACAUCUUCAAUAGAAAUUUGGGCGUCAUCCGUUGGAUUCACAAAAAUCCAUCGUUCACGGACCAUCCAGUUGGACACGUGAAGAACGGCGAAAAGCCAAAAGAGGAGAUCCAGGACGUCUCUCAAAGCAAGUUUCGACUUGGUAAAUGGGUGGUGUUCAGCGCUAUCGAGAAGCAACUGAAAAAAGAAGAAGUGAGAAAACCAGGAAUUCACAGAAUUACGGCCCGCAAAGUUGAAGAAACGUCGGAUCAGAAGAAAACAAGGACUACCGACGGGAUUCUGGAGAUCGAGGCAAGUUUCCUCUUUGACCACAAAGAGUUGGAAGAUCCUGAAAACCAAAACAUGGGAUGGGUACAAAGAAAGCCUCUUCUCUCGAAGACUGCUCAUUUCUGGGAUUUCGAUUUGGGAAGAGUCGAAAUCUACCCAGAUGUCUCCAAAGUGAUUCUGGAGAAUAUCGAAACCCAUCGCAUGAAUCUCUCAGAGACUGACCGCACCAAGUUGAAGGAAGAAGCAAUUGUUGUUGUGGUGGACGCGAGAGUUCACAGAAAUUGGAUGGUCAAUUUCAAAAACUACCCGGAAGCAGGCGUCUUCACUACUCAUCGUGUGAAAAACAUUUUCUAUUUGGAUGGCGGAAGAUGUAUUUUCAAGCAAUGA